AUGUCGGAAGCAAGUGAGUCACCUGAAAUAUGUCAAAAGAGAUUAGCUAAAGAAAGACAGGCCAGUCUUCGAAAAAGGAGAAAAAUUGUCAAUGAUGAAAAUUGCCCACCUGAAAUGCACCUGCGACCUAGACAAGAAGUAAAGCCAUCUGGUAUACGUCAGAAUUGUUUACCUAAAGAGAAUCAAUUUUGGAUGGAAGAAAAGAAUCGGAAUAGCUCUUUUGCAUAUCCUACAUUUUUGACUUGCUGUGCACACGACAAAAAAAAUAUUAGACGUUAUAAUAAUGUUUUGGCGUAUACAUUAUUUGGUGCUUAUAUAAAUACGAUCCCAGGACAAGGCAUUUCUGACUUCUGUAUUCAUGGCCAAGUUUAUCAUCGUAUUGAUUCGUUGCUACUAGAAGAAGGUUCUCAGCUGACAUUUGC